GUUUUUUAUUUUGACAGAAAACAGCUCAGCUGUUACUAACUCUUGUGCUCAUGUCAACAUGUAAAGCAGUUAUAACCUAAUAACUAGGUUAAACUUAUCCGAAAUUAAACAGGAUAACGGCCAGCCGUUGUCGGCGAAUUCUAGUGGUAAUGGACGCCUUCAAUAAGCUAACUAGCAUGCUGCUGCAAGCGCUGGAGACGAGAGAGCCCGGUGUGGACCUGUUGCAAUCAUUUGUGGAUCACUGGAAGUCAAUAACCACAUAUUACAUGACAACAACAGACGACAAUCGUCCUGUCAAACAGACAGACAUCCCCUGGUGUCUCAGGCAGAUGUUGGACAUAUUAGUGUAUGAGGAGAAGCAACAGACUGCCGAGGAGACCGGAGCCUGUCUGGAGUACUUGAUCCAGCACAAAAUACUGGAGACUCUGUGCACGCUGGGAAAAGCUCAGUAUCCUCCAGGGAUGUCCCAGCAGGUCCUGUUGUUCUUCUCUAGGUUGUUGAAUCAGAUGCAGAAACCUCUGCUGCACCUGGUUACCGUCUACAGGCCUGUGCAGAAGCUGAUCCGUCUCUGUGGACUUCCUGGUUCCCAGGCAGAGAAGGAAGAAGCUCAGUUCCUGUUAGUCAUCUGCUCCAAAGUCAAGCAGGACUCAGACAUGCUAAGAUACGUUUUAGAGAUUCCGCAUGAAUCACCGACCAAAACUGCAGGCUCCGAUCAGUCGCUGCCCAGCACGCAAGCGGCCAACCACGAAGCAGAGACGACGCCGCAAAGGAAAUCUUCGCUCGUCGGCUCUGGCCAAUCAGAGAACAGUCUGCUCCUGGCUCUGCUGCAGCUCACCAAGAGUCAGAAGGGCCCCAUUUGUCUGAAGGCCUAUGAGGGUCUCCUGCUGCUGUCAGGUCUCCAGUCUGGACCCUCGGGGGACAUCCUGUCCAGUCAGACCCUGCUGGGGGAGCUGCUGGUGGGGAGACUGCUGGAGCUGUACUCCGCGCUGCCGCUGGAGGGCCUGGACCCUGGACAGGUGCAGAGCUGGCCACACACGACGUGGAGUUCUCAGUUCUCUCAUUGCAGCUCCGACCUCAGCCCGGCGUCGUCCGAUGCUGAUCACGUGACCGACUUCUUCCGCUGGUUUGACUUCCUGGAUCACAUGCUCAGAGAGUCACCGCAGGCGUUGUCAGCGAAGAUCGCCCGUUGUAUUCAUCACAUGUGGCUGUCGGACGUCAUCAAGCCUCAGUUGCUUCACACGUCUGAGCAGAUCAUCUGGCUCUCCACCUCCAUGCUCUGUGCCGUGGUCAGACUGGUCCAGUCCGCCUCUCUGUUGGACCAACUGGUCCACUUCCUGUUGAGGACGCAGACGGUGACACGCCUGCUGUUGGAGCGCUGCGACCACAUCUCAGACCAGAUCAGCAUGGCGUCUCUGUCUCUGCUGGAGGAGUUACUACAGAAGCCACACAGGGACAUUCUGAACGUCCUGGUGUUGGACUAUCUGCAGAGGCGGACCUAUUUGUCUCCACAGUCUUCUGGUGUGGACAACAGAGGCGCUGAAGACAGUGAGGAGAGCGAUGACCUCGAGGACGACCCCUUCUUCACAGACAACCUCUUCUCCAACAUCCAGACCCUUCAUCCUCCUCCUCCUCCUCCUUCCCCUCCUCCCCUCUCUGGACCCGGGUCACCGGCUGAUGUCAUCAACAGUUUCCUCUGCCUCGUUCCUGUCCAGGUUCGAUCGGCUCAGCUGAUAAAGGAGGGAGGAUACGAGUCAUAUGUUCAUGAUGCUCAUACACUGGUGACCCAGUGUCAGUCGCUCUCUCGGUCCUGGGAUUGGUUGCUCGCUCUUCCUCCUCCUGCCGCCCCCUCAUCUGAGGGGGAGGAGUUCUUCGAGGGAGACCUCCUCAGAGUUCUGUUUGACAGACUCGGCCGUAUCCUGGAGCAGCCGUACGAGUUGAACCUGCAGCUGACGGCCGUCCUCUCCAGGCUGUCGGCCUUCGACCACCCGCUGCUGCACGAGUACCUGCUGCACCCCUACAUACACCUAUCCCCCUGCUCCAGGUCACUCUUCUCUGUCCUCAUCAGGGUGAUGGGUGAGAUGGUGCAGAGGAUCCAGAACAUUUCUAAUGUGUCUGACAGACUAGUGAAGACCAGGAGACAGCUGCUUGGACUGGACUACGACACUGGGCUGGAACACCUCACCCUGCUCAGAGCAGUCAUUGUCCUGGAGGAGUUCUGCAAGGAGCUGGCCGCCAUCACCUUCGUCAAGCAGCCCCUGGACCAGAACUGACCCACCGACCGGGGUCUGACCCUCAGUUGUCAUCAACGUUGAUGCCAGUGAAGAUGUGGAGAGCAUCCACAGUCUGGUUUGGUACUGAAACCACGACCGGUGCGACGAGAACAUGGGAUUGAUCUAUUGAGACGGAAAAAUAUUUCGUGAGUCUCUACGACAGCUGCUUUGACGUUCACAGUGCAAUUCAAUAGACUUGGCCCCAAACAUUUGAUGAACUGCUGAAUGUUUUAAAUAUCUUUUAUAUUUUAUGAGUCUUUUUUUUUUUGUCUAACGUGCAUGAUAGGAUUUUAGAUUUGGACAACAUUCAAAUCUAAAAUUCUCUUUGGCUGGGUGUGUCUUAGUGAAACUGGUAAACAUGUUUAUUUGAUCCUUUCAGAAAACCUCAAAAAAAAAAAAAAAAAAAAAAGUUAAAUUCAAACUCCCCAGGUCUUUGUUUACUGUAUUCUUUAGCAAUAUAUUUAUACACAGCGUCCAGCUGUACUGACUUCACUUGAACGCAACAGUUUGACAACUGUUUAUGGCGUGUGCUGAGCUAAAGUCUUUAGGCAGGUGUGCCAGAAGCUCAUUCUUUGAAGUAGCCGUUUUGCAAAACUCACCACCAUGUGACCAGGAACCCAGCCUCUGCCCUGGCUGAACAGGUCCAGCAGCCUGGAUGUCCCCGCAGGGCAUGGCACGAAUUGGCAACCGAUCACAUGGUUUAAAACAAAAAAACAAAAACAAUCCAAGCCCUUGACGUUUGACAGUUUAAUGUCUAAAAUUAGCUGUUAACAUGUUGUGGUGUUGGUGGACCAGGUACCAACACUUCCUGCUCAGUGGCGCAUUAAAAAUUGCUCCUGUGUGUCUAGUCUUAACCACUGUUUCUUAAAUGCAGAGAAUAACACCCUCUUGUGUCUUUGGAAAGUAUAAAAAAAAAAUCAAAACAAAACAAGCGAUGCAGUAAAAUUUACACACCUGCCUAAGACUUUUGCACCCCACCUAAACUAAGGUAAUAUUUGUUUCCUUGCUUGUGCACGUGAGGAGAGUGUGUUUAGUUUCACACCAUUUUGUCUUGUUUUGUUUUUUUAAUUUAAUGUCAAACAUUAAUAAUUGUGAAUUGUUAAUAUAUAAUAAUUUAAAACAGUUCAUGUCUUUAAUUAGUGUUUAAUGUUUAACUUAUAUUUUACAUCAUAAAUGUGUGCCUUUG